UGGAUUGAAAAAAAAAAAGAAAAAGAAACUGAUGCAUUCUGCUAUUUCAGAGUCCUGAAGUGGAGUGUGUGUGGAGUGAUCAGAUAAAUUGUAGUAAUGUGAGUCGGUGACAUUGGCUUCUGGAGUCUGGCGGGACCUGCCUCCACAGCACUCUGUCCAAGGAAGGAAUGAGUGACAGACCGGCAUCAAGGCACUGGGGUAAGUGCGUGCCUCUCUGCAAGCCCAAGAGCAACAUCAUGGUGGCAUUCAAAGGGGUGUGGACCCAGCCUUUCUGGAAGGCGGUGGCCGCAGAGUUUCUGGCCAUGGUCAUCUUCGUCCUCCUCAGCCUGGGCUCGACCAUCAACUGGGGCGGGAGUGAGCAGCCGUUGCCCACGGACCUGGUCCUUAUCUCGCUCUGCUUCGGGCUGAGCAUCGCCACGAUGGUCCAGUGUUUCGGGCACAUCAGCGGGGCCCAUGUGAACCCGGCGGUGACGGUGGCCAUGGUGUGCACGAGGAAGAUCAGCAUCGCCAAGUCGGUCUUCUACGUCACGGCGCAGUGCCUGGGGGCGGUGGUUGGUGCUGGCAUCCUCUACCUCGUCACUCCUCCUGCUGUGCUGGGCGGUCUCGGAGUCACCACGGUCCAUAAAAACCUUACUGCUGGCCACGGGCUCCUAGUGGAGUUGAUAAUCACAUUUCAGCUGGUGUUUACCAUCUUUGCCAGCUGCGAUCGCAACCGAACGGAUGUCACCGGCUCAGUCGCAUUAGCCAUCGGGUUUUCCGUUGCCAUCGGGCACUUAUUUGCAAUCAAUUUCACAGGCUCCAGUAUGAACCCUGCCCGCUCCUUUGGACCUGCCGUUAUCACGGGAAACUGGGAGAACCACUGGAUCUACUGGGUGGGGCCAAUAAUAGGAGCCGUCCUGGCCGGUGGUCUCUAUGAAUACGUCUUCUGUCCUGACGCCGAGCUCAAACGUCGCCUGAGGGAGGCCUUCAGCAAGGCCGCCCAGCCCGCCAAAGGUCACUAUGUGGAGGUGGACAACAGCCAGAACCAAGUGGAAACAGAUGACCUGAUCCUGAAACCUGGCCUCGUGCAUGUCAUUGACAUCGACCAUGGAGAGGAGAAGAAGGGAAAAGAGGCAUCAAGUGAGGUGCUGUCUUCCGUAUGACUAGCAAGGAGCACCGGAAGCAGAGAAGAGCCAACGGAGUUGGCUACAGAUUUCCUCCCCCCCAUUAAAGAGACCGAUCUGCUGUAAUCGGGACACCCACUGGUCCUCAGGAUGGAAGCAAACCCCUCCCUACCAGUCACUUCUUCAUAUCCUAUUUUCCUUUCUCUAUGUCAGCAGCCUCCCUGAUUCAAGAAGAGGCAGAGAGAGGACUUCCAAAUUGGAGGGAAAAAAAAAAGUCUUUCAGAAUUUCCCCGAUGGAUGUCUAAGUGAAAGACCAUCGUGAGCUGGAAAUGUAGGUUGACAUUUGAAGCUUGCCUGCAAGUGCCUAGUGAGUGACGUAUUUAUCCAAUUCUGUUCCUAUCUUUGACUUUCCUUGACUGGAGUCAACCCCAAAUCUGAUAUCUAACCCAAGUAACAUUUUCUGCAGAUUUAGCAAGAGGAAUCUUCAGCCCGGCACUAAGUUCACAUUUGAGAGGAUUUCUCUCUUGAGUUUUCUGUGCCAACUGGGAAAUUACUGUGUUUUUGUUUUUGAACUACCUCCACAAGAUAAAAUGUUAAAGGGGGUUUUAAAACAGCAGUUCUUGCUAGUGGUUCUUUAGAUCUGAAUUUUGCUUUACUUGAUUUUGUGCAUAACCAUCUUUAUAAACCUAAGUUUCUAUGAAUAUCACUUUCCCUUUGAUCUAAUAUCAAACAGAAAAUUCCCAUCUCUUAAAAUAAUUGAAAAGCAUUCACACGCACUACGUCUUGGUUGAUUCCAAUGUCCAUCUGACAAAACAUAUCCACAUCUUCCACUCACUGAUGGCAGAAUGCUGAGUUAAGAUGGGGAAAGAAAUUUGGAAAUCUGUGUUCAGAUAUAGGAGGAAACAAAAGUUGAUCUGUUUUUGGUGCACUUAUUCAAAUAACCUGACCCGAGCUAAUUUAUCUAACCUAAGUCUUUUAACCACUCUUCUGCUUUGCUUAUGUUAUUUUUUUAACAUCCUAGCAAAGCUGAGGUAAUAUUAGUUUUGGUUUUUUUUAAACUUUGGUUAACUAUAUUUAAACACUGACUGUUUUGUUUUUUGCUUUUUGAUAAUGGAAAUGUUUGGGUUAAGUUAUUGUUAGUUGUUCUUAUAGUUGAUGCUUUUGAACCGAACAGUGAGAAAGACAUUACUGCCAUAAACAAAUCUUGCAAACUUCCCCUGUCCAAUUAUAUACAGGGAAGCUUUCUUUGGUUAACCUUUGCAAGAAAAACAAUAAAAGGGGAAUUAGGAUGGCAUGAAGAAGGCAGAGAAGGAGCUAGAGGGAGUUGGUGGGGAGAACGUCUAACUAAUGAUUUGUAGUUCUGAAGUGAUUCCCUGCAAGCUUCUAUUGCCGACAUUUCUUGUGAUCAUUUCUAUUCAGUUGUCUUUGCCUAAGGUCAGUAGAGUUCUGAGAAACCUUCUGUUCAAAAUCAGCCUACCGGUUUAGACUUGAUUUCAAACUCAGACAAGCGAAUGCCAACAUAAGUGAACAACAGUUAGUUGUAGUAAGUGCUAAACUAACACAAAGUGGUGUGGGAAGGUUUGCUUGGACAUAGUUCAGAAGCCAAGCUGUCUUCUCCACCAUCCAUCUUUUGUUUGGCUCUGGUGGCUAUAGACAAAGGUGAGAGUACUCCAGGGCUGAUUAGUUUGAAAUGUCAAAUACUGCAGUCAAAUUAUCAAAGAGUCCAGAGCCCUAGGAAACAUUAUGGCCUAAUGGCAAGAGCACAGGCCUGCGAGGCAGAAGAUCUGAGUUCUAAUCCUGACUC